AUGCCCCGCCGCGGCGGGCCAAUCCAAAAACGACAUAUCGAGCACAUAAAGAAGGUAAUCUUUGUAGCAAGCGGAAAGGGGGUUGUGGGCAAGAGCACAAUAGCAGUAAAUCUUGCUUUCUCCCUCGCAAUGCUGUCUCAUCGACCACGAGUUGGCAUACUUGACUUGGACAUUUUUGGACCUUCUAUACCUACCUUGAUGGGACUCCAGCAUUCGGACGAUCCACAUCUAACUCCCGCUGGCGCUCUCCUCCCCAUAAUCAAUCAUGGCGUUCCUACAAUGUCUAUGGGCUACCUUGUCCCUCGGCCACCGCCUGACUCCACAGAAUUUGAAGGUGCGAUUGUCUGGCGCGGCCUUAUGGUUCAAAAAGCCGUGCAGCAACCCCCCUUCGAUGUUGACUGGCGGGACGCUGGUGGAUCUGGUCCUGGGCUGGACGUACUAAUCAUAGAUAUGCCCCCGGGGACGGGAGAUGUCCCUCUUACACUGGGACAAUUAGUUGUCGUUGACGGCGCAGUCAUCGUUUCAACUCCACAGGACGUCGCACUAACGGAUAUCUCCGUUCCGAUAACAGGUCUCAUCCUUAACCAAGCGUCCUUCCUAUGUCCUUCUUGCAACACCGCGCAUGAGCUAUUUGGGACUUCAGCUAAUGCAUCGCGCCUUGGGAUCCCUCUACUAGCGCAGCUCCCUCUUGUUGAAGGUGUGAGCUGGGGUGGAGAUCGCGGCAUUCCAUACGUCCUUGAAGGAAAACAUGGAGGUGGAAAAGACGGCAGGGCGGGAGAGAUGUGGCGAAAUGCGAUGAACGAAGCGGCAAGCAACAUUUGGGAGUUAGUUCACAGCUGA